CGUGUUCUUCCUGUUUCAGGAAAUAAAACUGUGAUGACGACUUCUCUCCAAACAACAGCCGACAAACAAAUAUGGAGAACAAAGACUUCAGAAACAAGGUUCCUUGUGACCUCUGCAGUAAGACAGCUCUGAAAUCCUGCCUGGUUUGCCUGGCUUCUUAUUGCAACGAUCACCUGCAGCCACAUCACACAGUUCAUGCCUUGAAGUGGCACAAUCUGAUCAACCCCGUGGCGACCCUCGAGGACAGGGUGUGCAAGAAACACAGCAAGACAAAAGAGUUUUUCUGCAGGAAAGACAAGAGCUGCAUUUGCGUUGUGUGCUUGAGGGAUGACCACGUGAUGCACAAAGCCGUCUCUCUAGAGGAAGAGUUUAAGGACAGGAAAACUAAGCUGACGCGUGUGAAGAAGCAAGUCAAGGACACUCUGAAAAAGAAGUCUGCGAUGGUUCAGGGAAUUCAAAACUCAGUGACGCAAGGUCGGCAAGAGGUGGACAGAUCUAAAGCCGAAACUAUUAAAGCCUUCAAUGCUCUGGUGGGCUUGAUUGAGACGCAAAAGGUUUGGCUGAUUCAGCUGCUGGAGGACAAGCAGAAAGCAGCAGAACAGCAGGCGGAAGCGCUCAUCAGACAACUACAGCUCGAGAUCACAGAGGACCAUCGGAAGAGCACCGAGCUGGAGGAGCUCUCCAAGACCGAGGACGACUUUAGACUCCUCCACGGCCUCCCGUCUGUUCCUCACCAUUCAAACACGACACACUGCUUCAUCGCCAGAGCCCAGUGUCUCCUGCAUGUAGAGACAGUGAGGAGUGCUGUGGCGAAGAUGGAGGAUACGCUGAACGAACAGAUGGCAAAUAUUAUCAGAGAAGUCAAUCUGGUGGAUAAAGAGGAGCCGGUUAAGGAACAGAUGCAAAUGGAGGAUGUGUUUGGUGAUGAGUUGGGGAAUAUCCAGCGGCAACAUGCAAAGAAUGUGACUCUGGACCCGAGCACGGCACACCCCUCCCUCCUUGUGUCCGAGGACGGGAAACAGGUGAGCUACGGAGGCAGAAAUAGGGAAGUCCCGACCAACCCCAAAAGGUUUGACUCCCUCCAUUUUGUCCUCGGAAACGAGGGGUUUUCUUAUGGCAAGUUCUACUACGAAGUUACACUUCAGGGGCAAACUGACUGGGAAGUCGGAAUGGCAAGAGAGACCAUCGGCAGGAAGGGUCUUAAUGUGUCCCUCAGUCCUGAAAAUGGAUGCUGGACUCUGGGGUCGUAUUCGGGAUGCGUCCAGGCCAAUACAAACCCUCCCGUCCUUCUGUCCUUGUCUGAAGAGCCCCAAAAGGUUGGGGUCUUUGUGGAUUAUGAAGGAGGGUUGGUGUCUUUCUACGACGUGGAUACCAGGGAUCUGAUCUACUCCUUUACAGGAUGUGCCUUUAGUGUACCGUUCCUGAGUAAUCUACUCUCAUUCAGGAUCUACAGGACCAGGAUCUUCCCUUUAUUCCGACCCAGCACUGAGGAGGACAGUGACUGUGCUCCUCUACAGAUCACUCCUAUCUGAUCCUCAAACCAAAAGAUGUGAUUUAGUUUGUUAAAGACUUGCGUUACUUGCACAGACAAGUUUUAGUUGGGUAGUGGAGUCACAGGCAGAGAAAUCCUGUAAAAUAACUAAAAAUACAGUAAUUUUCUAUAAUUAAAAUAUAGUUUUUAGCUUUAAUUCUACAUAAAAUCUUGUAAUAUUUUGUCUCUUUAAUGUUUAAUUUAAGAUAUUUACACUGUAAAACCAAUGCAAUGAGCUAUAAAUACAUGUGAACUCUGCUAUAAUACAAUAAUCAGACUUACAUUUACAGCAGAGUGCUGUUAUUAUUGGAUUGUUAUUAUUUUAAUCCGAAUGUUAAAAGUUAUAGAACUGUAAUAAAGUCAUUAUCUGUGAGAUUACAGUAAUUAUUGCUGUUUUCACUGAUAAAAACUGGAUUUGGACAGUUUACCAAUGCUUAUACACUGAUAAACAACAUUUAUUCAAUGUUUCUGUUGUUAAAACUUUCAUAAUUAUACAAGAUAUGUCAAUUAACAAACAAAUCCAUGUAAAAUUACACAACAAAUACUUUUAAUGUCACUAAUUUUACAUAAUUUUAAAAAUAGUAAGUAAAUCAAGUAAAUCUUGAAUUUAACAGUUUAAUCUAGUUAAUAUCUGUGAAAAAUAUAAUUAUAAAUUUGCAAAUGUAUUUCAACUUAUGUGAAAAAAAGUUAAUUUUCUUUAAAUAAGCAGUAAUUUUAUGAUUAUUUACAGUUACAUAUUUAUCGCGUUAUUUUACAUUAGACGUGAAUUCACAGGAUAUUUUUGUAAUUAGUAUUUCCAUGUAAAAUAAACGUAAAAACCCCGUAAACUUACAGAUUUCUUUAUCACAGUGUAACUACGGUAGAGGUUGUCAGUAAAUGUGAAUCUGACAUCUGACCUAUGUAACCUUCAAAACCAUCGCCAUAUUCGGAGAUAAUGUUUGGGAUUUUUUCAGCAAAUUUGAGUGAAACACAGACUUUAACUGUACUUUAUCCGAAUUCAGAUGGGAAGUUUAAUGGUGCGUUCAAGUAAGUACGUUUUGCAAAAAUUGGUAUCAUGAUGUUGUUUAUGCAAUGUUUUAUAUAUAUGAGGUGAAUUUUUGCUUGCGUUUGGUGUGAAGAAUUUAGAUCAACUAAUUCCUAAAUCACUUGGGUUCCCCAGGUAAUUCUAGUUAAUUAUCUUAAAAGCAUUUCUUUAGUUUUAAAUUGAAUUAUCCAUUUUAGUUUUAUAGUUUAAUACAUUGUAUGUCCUGUUCAGUUUUGCUGCUUUAAAAUUAAAGUCUACUGGCAACAAGAAGACACCAGCAAAUCUAAUAGUACAACAUAAACUUUUUACAUGAAUUUAAUGACAAUGUACAAUUAAUAUAUUAUGUCAUAGUUAAUGUUAUAACUAUAUAAUAUUCUGUGUAGUGGAUAAUUACACAUUUUAUCACAUAACUGUGGGCAAUGUUUCUAUGGACAUACUAUGGAUACAAAUAAUCAAAACAGGAUUUUCUUUUAGACUGUUGGUUGGACAGAACAAACUAUUUAUAAGUGAUUAAAAUAACUUUGUGUUUGAGUUGUUUGUGGGGUUUUGUCAGUGAAGGAUCUUGUAAAUAAAGUUUGUUGUUAUUUGUACAAUUCAAA